AUUACCAAACCUUCCAUUUCCCAAUCCUUCAAACAUUGCCCCAAUAUUCUUCAUGGUUAUUUCCAAGAAGAUGCAUCACAAACUUUCGAUAUAAAUUGUUAUUCAGAUACUAUCAGUUUAUUUUCCAUGCCUAUAAAUACAUAAAGAGUGUCUUGCAUCUUGUUCAUUAAUCACAUCCACAUUUUCAUUUUCAUAACCCAAAAUACCAUUUUCUUUCUUUGUUAAAAGUGUCCAACUCUCAAGUUGUUAAGCUCUGCCAUGGCAACAAGGAAAGGCAAAGCCAUAGGCAUUGACCUUGGCACAACCUACAGCUGCAUCGCAGUGUGGCAACGCAACCGUGUUGAGGUCAUUCCAAAUGACCAAGGAAACCGCACAACACCUUCUUACGUUGCCUUCACUGAUUCUGAAAGGUUAUUGGGCGAUGCUGCCAGGAACCAGGUAGCCAUUAAUCCACACAACACCGUUUUCGACGCCAAACGUUUGAUUGGUCGGCGAUUCUCCGACCCAUUAGUUCAACAAGACAUGAAGGUAUGGCCUUUCAAGGUUGUCCCUGGCACCAGAGACAAGCCCAUGAUUGUGGUCACAUAUAAAGGGGAAGAGAAACAUCUUGCAGCUGAAGAAAUAUCUUCCAUGGUGUUGUCCAAGAUGAAGGAAGUUGCUGAGGCGUAUCUGGGUCAUGCAGUGAAGCAUGCUGUGAUCACUGUCCCUGCUUACUUCAACAACUCACAGAGACAGGCCACUAAGGAUGCAGGGGAAAUCGCAGGUUUCAACGUGAUGAGGAUCAUCAACGAACCUACUGCAGCUGCUAUUGCUUACGGGUUGGACAAGAAGGAGUGGAGAAAAGGUGAGAAGAACGUGCUCGUGUUUGAUCUUGGUGGUGGUACUUUUGAUGUUUCCUUGGUGACCAUCGAUGAAGGGAUGUUCAAAGUUAAGGCCACAGUGGGAGAUACCCAUUUGGGUGGUGUGGAUUUUGAUAACAAUAUGGUGAAUUAUCUUGUGGAUGUGUUUAAGAGGAAGUACAAGAAGGACAUUAGUGAGAAUGCUAAAGCUCUUGGGAGGUUAAGGUCGGCGUGUGAGAAAGCUAAGAGGUUAUUGUCUUCAACUUCCCAGACCACUAUUGAGCUUGAUUCUUUAUGUGGAGGGGUUGAUCUAUAUGCCACUGUUACAAGGGCGUUGUUCGAGGAAUUGAACAAGGACUUGUUCAUAAAGUGUAUGGAGACGGUGGAGAAGUGCCUCGUUGAGGCAAAGAUUGGUAAAUUUCAAGUCCAUGAGUUUGUUCUUGUAGGUGGGUCUACUAGAAUUCCAAAAGUUCAGCAACUAUUGAAGGACAUGUUUAGUGUCAAUGGCAAAGUCAAAGAGCUAUGCAAAAGCAUUAACCCUGAUGAAGCCGUGGCAUAUGGUGCAGCAGUUCAGGCUGCGAUCUUGAGUGGUGAAGGAGAUAAGAAAGUGGAGGAAUUGUUGUUGCUUGAUGUCAUGCCGCUUAGUCUUGGUGUUGAGACUGAUGGUGGUGUCAUGUCUGUGUUGAUUCCAAAGAAUACAAUGAUCCCCACCAAGAAGGAAAGUGUUUUCUCAACCACACAAGAUAAUCAAACUAAUGUUUUGGUCAAAGUAUAUGAGGGAGAGCGAGCUAAGACACAGGAUAACUUCCUUCUCGGGAAGUUUGAGCUCUCUGGGUUCCCUCCAGCACAAAGAGGAGACCCAAAGAUUACUGUUAGCUUUGAUAUAAAUGUUGAUGGUAUUCUCGAGGUCGCUGCUGAAGAUAAAGCCACGAGGGUGAAGAAGAAGAUAACAAUCAGCAACAAGAAGGGAAGGUUAAGCCCGGAAGAGAUCAGGAGAAUGGUGAGAGAUGCAGAGAGGUAUAAGGCAGAGGAUGAGGAGGUGAGAAAGAAGGUGAAGGCUAAGAACUCGCUUGAGAAUCUUGCUUAUGAAUUGAGGGAUAGAGUGAAGAAGCUUGAGAAGGCAGUGGAAGACACCAUAGAAUGGCUUGACAGAAACCAAUUGGCUGAAACUGAUGAGUUUGAGUACAAGAAGAUGGAGUUGAAAAGGGAUAUGCAAUUUCUGUCAGUGUAAAAUGGUUCACUGUUGACUUACCGAGUCUGAAGCAAUGUAAAAUAGUUCAAGCUUUGUUAAUCAGUCAAGUAUUUUGAGUGUGUUUAUGAGUUUAUCUGAUCUAGUUUCUGGUUUUUGUCCACCGUGUGAAUGUACUUUUGGUAAUAUGCAUUCAAGGAAUAUUAUAUUGAGUUUAUUACCUUUCUUAGUGUAAUUUUU